CUUGAUAGAGUUUCUUUCAAUAGUAGUUACUUAUUAGCAAACUAACUAAAUAAUACAACAUGUCUGGUUCAGGUGCUUCCGGUAACAAAUUCCGUAUGUCUUUAGGUUUACCAGUCGGUGCCGUUAUUAACUGUGCUGAUAACUCUGGUGCUAGAAAUUUAUACAUCUUAGCCGUUAAAGGUGUUGGUGCUAGAUUAAACAGAUUACCAGCUGCUUCUGCUGGUGAUAUGGUUAUGGCUACCGUUAAGAAAGGUAAGCCAGAAUUAAGAAAGAAAGUCAUGCCAGCUAUUGUUGUUAGACAAUCUAGACCAUGGAGAAGAAAGGAUGGUGUUUACUUAUAUUUCGAAGAUAACGCCGGUGUCAUUGUUAAUCCAAAGGGUGAAAUGAAAGGUUCUGCCAUUACUGGUCCAGUUGCUAAAGAAUGUGCUGAUUUAUGGCCACGUAUUGCUUCAAACUCUGGUGUUGUUGUUUAAGACAAUGUCAUAGUUUAUGAACUGUUCCAUAUAAUAUCAUAUAACAUAAUAUAAUAUAAUACACACAUUAUCUUUAUUUUA